AUGAGGGUUUAUACAAGUUUACGGAAUGCUGAUGAUUGGGCCACAAGAGGUGGACUUAUUAAGACAAAUUGGACUAAUGCACCAUUUAUUGCCAAAUUUAAUCAUUUUAGGGCAAGAGCAUGCAAAUGGCAUGGAGCAGUGAGUAUUGAUCAAUGUGCUUCAAAUAUAGCUUCAAAUUGGUGGACUUCUCCAAUUUACAAACAAUUGAGUUAUGCUCAAUUGGGUCAGAUGAAUUGGGUUAGAGAUAAUUAUAUGAUCUAUAAUUAUUGUAGUGAUAUCAAAAGAUUUAAUGGACAAUUGCCUCCUGAAUGUUUUAAGGCACAAUACUAA